AAGCGCCUCCCCGCCGGCCUGGGCAGAGAGCAGCCAGGUGGCCCACCGGCGAGUGCCCCGACGGGACCGGUCAGCAGCGCCCACGAGCCGUCUUCGCAUGAAGCGGCUGGAGCGGGCCAGGAGGUUCCGGACCGACCCCAGAGCCCCUCUGGCCGCGCCACGUGCCUUUGCUGCCGGCGGCGCCCGAAGCCACCCUCGGGCCGUGGCCCCUCUCUGCUCGCCGCUGGCGCGCGGAGCGAUCGCCCGUCCCAGCAUGAGCCCCGGGCCGGCGGCAGGCGGGAGCGAGAGCAGGAGCUAACCCAGCCGGCGCUGCCGUCUCUCUCUCUCCCUCCCCACCCCUUCUCCUAGGAGGCCCAGCGAUGCCCGAGGCCAAGCGAUGCCACCCCGCGCUGCCGGCCGUCGUCUUCUUCCUGCUCUUCGCUUCCGUCCCGUCCCCCACGCCGGGUGUCGAGGGCAGCAGCGCUACCAGGAGCCGACCUCGGGACUUCCAGACGCCGGCGGGGGACAAACAGACGCUACUCGAGCUCCUGCUCAAAGGUCUGGGGGACGGCGGCGGCGGCAGCCACCAGGCACUUGCACACCCCCUAGGGACCGAGCGGGUCAUAGCCCGGCGCUUCGGCGGCAGCAGAGCCCUUUACCCCGCGCCGGCUGUGCUUCAAGAGCCCCGAGGGCUGUCCUUCUCGUCUUCCGCUUCCUCCAGGGAGCGUGUGGCUGGACAUGCCGCCAGGCUCCUCUCCCUUUCCAGGCACGUAGAAGUAUUUCCAAGAGAUUCCAAUUUAAAAGAGAAAUUUUUAAUACACUUAACAGGUCCAGUCACAUUUUCAGCUGAAUGUAGCAAGCAUUUCCAUCGACUGUAUCACAAUACACGAGACUGCUCAACUCCAGCUUAUUACAAAAGGUGUGCAAGAUUGCUGAUGAGGUUAGCAGUGAGCCCACUGUGUACACAGCCAUAGGAGGCCUGCUAUAUUUUCCUGUUAAGACAGAACUCUGGUUUGCCAAGAAAGUGCCUUGAAAUCUACUCCAAGACAACAGAGAAGAUCUCUUUUUGAUUUACUGCAUUUUUUUCAUCACUGGAUGAGUUUUAUUUUCACAUAGAUUGGACAUUCCAUAUUUGUCUGAAUGGAUUAUAUUUUAUUUGAAUGUGUAAAUAUGUUGCCUAUAGCUCAAAUUCGCCAAUUUAUUUAAAUAAAUUGUAUAUAAAGACUACUAAUAAUAUACUAAUUAAAUAUUAUAACCAUAUGCAGGGAGUUUGUUAGUGUUCUCUUGUUUUGUUGUGUGUACAGCAUUUUGCUCAGGCUCAUACUUUUGUUAUUUGCACUAAUUUGAAAGGCAGAAAUCUCUUUAACUGAAAUCUGAAUAAGCUGCAAGUGGGACGUUUUACUUUCAGUGGAAAUAUUUUACGUUAUGAAGCUUUGGUAAUAUAUAUAUAUGCCUACAUGGGAUGUAUAUUAUUGCACAUCAGAACAAAAUACUCUGAAAUGCAUAGUGCUUUGGGGAACACUUGUAAUAUUGUUCUGGAUUAUCAUCAGUAACAUUUGUAUUGACACUUAAAGGAGUCACAGUUAAUGUAAAUAUAAAAGACUGGAAGACUGCAAUGCAGUUUGGGUGGAAUAAAGAUUAUAAAUAUAAAUAUAACCACAUUUUCAUUUACUUUUCUUGAGACUUGGGAUGGAUUUGGAAUGAUUAAUGUGCUUUAGUUGUGUGGACCAGAGUAAAGCAUGCAUCUGUGG